CACACACACACACACACACAGGCACGCGCCGGCUGAGCCUCCAGCUGCUGCCUGAUCCUCACCGGACGCAGGGAGGGAGGGAGGCAGAGCCGAGAGCGGGGAGCCUGCCCAUGGCUGACAAGAGCUUCAUCGAGGAGUCCGAGCCGUGCCCGCGGAAGGACGAGGCUCUGGAGUGGGGCUACGAGGAAGGAGUGGAGUGGGGACUGAUCUUCCCUGAUGCAAAUGGCGAAUACCAGUCUCCGAUCAACCUGAAUUCGAGAGAAGCCAAGUAUGACCCUUCCCUCCUGGAAGUGCGCCUGGCACCAAACUAUGUUGUCUGCCGGGACUGCGAAGUCAUUAACGAUGGGCAUUCGAUUCAGAUUGUCCUGAAGUCGAAAUCAGUGUUAGUAGGUGGGCCAUUACCUCGGGGACAUGAGUUUGAACUAUAUGAUGUUCGAUUUCACUGGGGAAGAGAAAACCAGCGUGGUUCUGAACACACUGUUAAUUUUAAAGCUUUUCCCAUGGAGCUCCAUCUAAUGCAUUGGAAUUCUACACUAUACAACAGUAUUGAAGAGGCAGUUGGGAAAAAGCACGGAAUAGCUAUUAUUGCUUUGUUUGUGCAGAUAGGAAAGGAACAUGCAGGCCUAAAGGCUGUCACCGAAGUUCUUCAGGACAUCCAGUACAAGGGGAAGUCCAAAACAAUACCCUGUUUUAAUCCCAACUCAUUGUUACCAGAUCCUCUUCUACGUGAUUAUUGGGUUUAUGAAGGCUCUCUCACCAUUCCGCCUUGCAGUGAAGGUGUUACCUGGAUAUUGUUUAGAUAUCCAUUGACUCUGUCCCAACUGCAGAUAGAAGAGUUUCGAAGACUGAGGACCCAUAUUAAAGGUGCAGAACUUUUAGAAGGCUGUGAUGGGAUAUUAGGAGAUAACUUUAGACCAACCCAGCCACUUAGUGAUAGAGUUAUCAGGGCUGCCUUCCAGUAGCAGAAGAAGAACAGCAACAAAACAAAUCUUUAUACAUAGAGGGGGAAGACAAUGCUCCCACAGUGCCCUUGGAUGAGAAAUGGAAACUUUUGAGGCUGCUGCUUCAGUUUAACCACAAAGCCUGUAUUGUCUGCCUUCAUCUAAUUUAGUCUUGAUAGACAGCUGUGACAGUUGGUCUGUCCACAUGGUCCAGUGAAAUUCUGGGAAUGGGCUGUACAUUAAAAGAAGAAAACGCGUUAAAUCUUCCAACUCAUUGCUGUUAACAUUUUAUAAUUACUACCAUUUAUAUCACAGUUUCUUUACCAGAACACCCUCUAGUUGUGUACAACUCAAAUAAUAUUAGCGUUUAGUUUGGUGUGAAUGAAAACAUAUAUACACUCAAGGCAAAUGCAUCUUUCUUCUAGACUGUAGAUUUUUUUUUUAAUUUUGUAGUCUUAACUUCAUGUUUUGUCACUAACCAAAAAUUCUUUUGUGGAGAAUAGUUGAAAAUAUGUUAAUAAAAUAAUUGUUCGCUCACAGGGAAGAUAAUACAAUUUUCAGGAUGGAUUCUCUCUUCCCCCUCCCUGCAACUAUGGAUUAAAAUAUCAACACAAAGUUUAUUUGAAUUGCAACGGAGUAUCAUUUGUAUUCAUAGGAUUCUUUUAAAAAUAUGACAAAAUUAACUGACAUGUAAACAAGAAGAAUUGUCUUGAUGAUUUUCUGCCCAGUGAAUAAUAUAAAUUUGCAGAGAAAUAUGCAAUCCUGAAGUAGAAAAUAGCAGGCCUUCAUCCUUCUACAUAUUGUGCAGUGCACAAGAAAGAAAGGUUACAGAUGAAGCUAGAAAUUGAUAAAAAGACUGAGUUACACUAGAACUGAACACUUUUGCUGCCCCUUAGCACAGUGUUCAGUAGUACAGGCAGUACACUAUAUUAUUUGAACCCAGCUAAGGAGAUAGUGGUUUUUGAAAAGGAAAAUUUGUCUAGAUCAAUCCAACAUACAGUCUACGGUCCCCUCAACAGCAUAUAGGUGCAAAAGACAAAAAUAUUUAAGGCUGUCAGAGGAAAACUUUGAUCUACGUAUGUAAUGUUGUACACUAUAUUAUCAAUGCUAGAAUUAGGCACAGAGAGCACAGGUCUAUGUGAGGUGACACACUCUCAGUCACAGAUGGCAAACCCCAAGCAGGGUCACAAUGGAGAUGCAAACUAAACACGAGGCUCAGGAAGGAGAAGCUACCACAGAAGAGCACGUUGGUGGGUCAUCAAUCAUGGAGGCAUCACCAGACGGGUGACCACAGCAUCACAGUGCAUGUCUGAUCCAUGUUUUCAGCUCUAUACGAUGAGUGGUUGCAGCAUAACCAUUUUGCAUCAUUCUCACAAUCAUUCAUCAGGGCAGCCAGGCACAGGUUGGAUGUUACAGACACCAUCACUUUCAGGUGGAGCGGCCUAUUGAUAAACAAAAGCUGUCCUUUAUAGCAUGCAAUGCAAUAAAUGCAGAGAACACAUACAACAAACUGCGGAUAGGAUACAUGCCUAGAAUGAAACUAUUUUCAGGAUAAAAGAGGUUGGUGCUUUAAAACUACUAACAGUGAGUGCUAAACUCCCUUUGAAAAUCUCACCCUACAGGUUUAGGGGUAAAUUUGAUGUCACUGCCAGUUUAUACCCGGUUUUAACAACUUUUCCUCUAUGGCCAACUUUUAUGUCAUCUGGUCAGGGACCAAAAUGAUCAAGGCUGACAAUUAGCAUUCAAAUAAAAGACAUCAGAUCACUGAGCAUCCACUGCCACCUACCCAGUGACAAAAGAGCUGCUAAAAAGUGUCUGCUGCGUCCUCCUCUUUUCAGUAGCAACUCCCCCCACAACAGCAACCACAGCUAGAAAACAUCCAUAGCAACUGAAGGAUUGCCUGUUCCACUGAGGAGCCUUUUCCUGAAAGAAUGGAGGAGCCUUUGACUCCCUCUCUUGAAAAAAAGGAUUGGGGGUUACCAGCCAAGAAGCACUGUCCAGCCAGCAUGGAUUAGACUGGAUCAGCUGCAUUUCUGGUCAGUGACUUGGCAUUUUCCUUGGUAUCCAUCUCCUGCUUCAGGAUCUCAACUUUCCUUUUACAGGGGCCAGACCUGCAAUGAAGUAGCAGAUUUCCUCCAGCAGAGGCCGUGUCCCCAUGUUUUACUAGUGAAGGAAAACUCCAAAAUGCAAAAUCAAGCUGUGAACCCAUUGAGUUACUGGGUCAGAUGUAGCUGAUUCAGAAGAGAUCUGGUUGAAGACAUUUUCUCAUUUGCACAUAACAUAUUAAAACC